CAUUCUCUGGCAGCCUGAAAGCCUAGAGGGAGGGGAGCCUGUAUAGGGCUGGGGAAAAAAACUGCGGAUAUGUCAAUCCUAGAAGUUGGGUGUUAGACACAGAGCUCUCGGGAAGACCUAUGCUUGCAGGGCUCAAAUAGAGAAGACAGACAGAGAGCAAUGGGAUUUUGCAGAAAGUCAAAUGCAAAGGAAGAGAGGGGAAAGGAGGCAGUGUUCCUGAGAAAGAAGAUCACGCUGGUGCGGGCCAUUGCACUGAUUAUCGGCACAGUCAUUGGCAGUGGCAUUUUUAUCGCUCCAAAAGGGGUGUUGCAAAACUCCGGCAAUGUGGGGCUCUCCUUGGUUGUCUGGCUGGCUUGUGGGGUCCUCUCUCUGUUCGGUGCUCUGUCUUAUGCAGACCUGGGAACAAGCAUCACAAAAUCUGGGGGCCAUUACAUCUACCUUCUAGAAACCCUUGGGCCUUUGCCAGCCUUCUUAAGAUUGUGGGCUGAAUUUGUUAUGAUCCGUCCUGCCGUCAUUGCCGUGGUGUCCUUGGCUUUCGGUCGUUACUUAAUUGAGCCUCUCUUCGCCCCUUGCCAUGCCCCUGCCCUGGCUGUGAAGCUGGUCACCAUCACUGGCAUCUCCUUAAUCAUUGCUCUGAACUGCUGGAGCGUCAGCUGGUCUGCAAAUAUACAGACCGUUCUCACAGUCCUCAAGAUGGUCACCAUUGGCUUGAUUAUUGUCCCAGGGAUGCUGGUGCUAGCUGAAGGUCACUAUGAGAAUUUCCAGCAUGCUUUUGACACUAGCUCACUGGCUCUGGACAAACUGCCUCUGGCUUUUUACUCUGGAAUGUUUGCAUAUGGUGGAUGGUUCUAUGUCAACUUUGUAACUGAGGAAAUCAUAAACCCUGAAAGGAAUAUCCCACUGAGCGUGAUAGUGUCCUUGCUCAUUGUUACUCUAGGGUACCUUCUCAUUAAUGUCUCCUACUACGCAGUCCUGACAGCAGAGGAAGUGUUGGCCUCUGAGGCUGUGGCUGUAAGCUUUGCAGAUCGAGCUUUUAAGAGCAUUUCCUCAGCAAUUCCCGUCCUAGUUGCUCUGUCCUGCUUUGGUUCUCUGAAUGGAGGAGUCUUUGCAGCUGCAAGGAUGUUGUUUGCAGCUUCCAGGGAAGGACAGUGGCCUCUACUCUUCUCCAUGAUCCAUAGGCGAAGAAACACCCCCUUUCCAGCCCUUUUAUUAAUGUUGCCUCUGAUCUUUUUAAUGGUGUUGAUUGGCGAUCUCUAUGGCCUAUUGAGCUUCUUUAGCUUUUCACGCUGGCUCUUCAUAGGACUGGUGACCCUGGGGCUCAUGAUACAUCGUUAUCGACAUCCUGAGAUAUCGAGGCCCUUCAAGGUGCCUCUAUUCAUCCCACUGGUUUUCACAAUAAUGUGUUUCUUCAUCGUGGGAAUGUCCCUUUAUUCGGACCCUGUGAACACUGGCAUUAGCUGUGCCAUAACUCUGACUGGUCUGCCUGUCUACUAUCUGGUGGUCCAGAAAUCAAGACUACCAAUUAGCUGCAGUGCAAUGUUCAAUUCAAUGACGGUGAAGCUACAGGUCCUGAUGGAAGUCAUCCCACAGGAAAUCCAGACCUACUGAAGGUCUCUUCCAUCGGGACCCAGACUUCAAACUUAACACAAAAAGGCCCAUUCUUGGGAGCAGCUGGUAAAGAAUCCAAACAAUAGGAUCCACAAGACCUUCAAUAAGAUCAGACCAUAAGUGGGGACCCAAGGCUAUUUUAAUGUUAACAUUACCGUAGUCAUUUUCAUGAACCCUUACCUAAUGCUGGUUUGUUCAGAUGCUCACAUAUAAAAACACUUCUUUGUAGAGUCAGACUACUUCAGUGAUGUUACAAUCCAGUACUCCCAACACCAGUAAUUCACUACUGUGGGGGUGAAUCUGAAGUCAAACUGGUUGGUGGUGUUUUCCGAUAAAUGGAGCAAAGGACAAAGCUACCUUCAAUGCAUAUUAUACAAAGUAAUAACAGGAAAAGGGAAUAAGAAAAUACAAUCAUUUAUAGAGAAGAAAUCAUUUUCCAAAACCCUUAAAGUAUGCCUGAGCAACUUUCAGAUGGAAGCUCCCCAGCAUAGACUAAGCAGAGAGUAGCCAUGGAGUCUUUCAGUGUAUGGAGGGACAGUCUUCUCAUCAAACAAUUUGGUUCAACCCAGCCACAAUGUGGGAGAUCACUCUCCUAUCAAUAAACUUCCAAACUUCACAACCAAGCAAAAGAGGAUUGGGAGUGGUGUUCAUGAUAAAAUUAUUGUGCAGGAGGUCACUACUAGCCCUAGCCCUUAGGCAUUAAGUUUAUUCUCAAACAGUAAAAGGGUUAUUUAAAGGUGAUGCUGGAAAAUGAUAGUGGCAGCAGAACUGUUGUACUUAGCAACUAGAAUUUUUCCUUCUAUUUUAAAGAAAAUGGAAAUUGAAAGAAAGGGAAAGACGAGGGUGGAGGGUAAGGAUAUGCUGAAUGUAUUAUUUUGAUGCUGCUGUCUGAGGACAAUCUGAGUUUUGGAAAAAAGUUUAGAAACAGCUAUGGUUAGGGUUUCUCACUCCAGAGUCUGGCAGUGCUGUAGAGGGGCUGCUCUCAGCUUCAGAAUGUUAUCUUUCCAGCCACUUUGAGCAACUGUACAAACUACAGGGAAUCCUCCCAGUAGGCAUUAUAAACAUGUAUUCUACAUAUGC